AAAACUUCUCCAAGUACCAAUAAAUAGGAAAACCCCAGAGGCCUCAGUCUCUUUCAGCUUGUCGACAUCCAAAUAUAAUGCAUAUGUUUGGAGGAGUAUCACACUGAAACGCCACAGAAAUGCCCUCCUCGACCUCCAUUGUUGUCGGCGUCGUUGUCUCCUUCUUGCUCUUCCUCUUGUUCUUGAGGAAGCUUUUCCUCUUAUUCUCCAGAAAGCGGAUCAUGGAUUCUUCUAGACUCCCUCCCGUUCCUGUGGUACCAGGAUUGCCAUUGUUAGGGAACUUGCUGCAGCUGAAAGAGAAGAAACCCCACAAGACAUUCACGAAAUGGGCUGAGAUUUAUGGUCCCAUUUACUCUAUCAAGACCGGCGCCUCCACCGUUAUCGUUCUCAAUUCUACCCAUGUCGCGAAAGAGGCAAUGGUGACUCGGUUUUCUUCCAUUUCAACUAGGAAGCUAUCGAAUGCGCUGGAAGUUCUCACUUGCAACAAGUGUAUAGUCGCGACGAGCGAUUACGACGAUUUCCACAAAAUGGUCAAGAAGUAUCUCUUGAAUGGCCUCUUGGGUGCAAAUGCACAGAAACGAAAACGAUACUAUAGAGAUGCGCUCAUUGAAAAUGUGACUUCCAAGUUGCACACAUAUGUGAAGGACCAUCCUGAAGAACCUGUGAACUUCAGGGAAAUAUUCGAGUAUGAACUUUUCGGCUUAGCCAUGAAACAAGCGUUAGGAGAGGAUGUGGAAUCAGUUUACGUCGAGGAGCUCGGAAAGACUUUCACAAAACAAGAGAUUUUCAAGAUUCUAGUUCAUGACAUGAUGGAAGGCGCGAUUGAUGUCGAUUGGAGAGACUUUUUCCCGUAUCUGAGAUGGAUCCCGAAUAAGAAAUUCGAAACGAGAAUCCAGCAAAAGCAUUUCCGCAGGCUUGCUGUAAUGAAAGCCCUGAUUCAAGAUCAACUGAAGCGGAAAGAUUCGCACAAGGAAGAAGGUAGUUACCUCAGCUUCUUGCUGUCCGAAGCCAAGGCACUUAAGAUGGAGCAAAUUGCCAUCUUAGUUUGGGAGACAAUCAUCGAGACAUCCGACACAACUUUGGUCACAACAGAGUGGGCGUUGUAUGAACUCGCUAAACAACAAAAUCUCCAGGAAAAUCUAUACGAAGAAAUCCGAAGUGUGUGCGGAGGAGAGAAGAUCAAAGAAGAGAGAUUACCUCAACUUCCUUAUCUCAACGGUAUCUUCCACGAAACCCUCCGGAAAUACAGCCCGGCUCCUCUCGUCCCCCUCCGCUAUGUCCACGAGGACACCCAAAUCGGCGGCUAUCAUAUACCCGCUGGAAGUGAGAUUGCUGUAAACAUUUACGGAUGCAAUAGGGAUAAGAACCGAUGGGAGAAUCCGGAGGAGUGGAAACCCGAGAGGUUCCUGGACGAGAAAUACGAUACGUCUGAUCUUUUCAAGACGAUGGCGUUCGGAUCGGGGAAAAGGGUAUGUGCAGGUGCUCUUCAGGCGUCGCUCAUUUCAUGCGUCGCCAUUGGAAGGUUGGUUCAAGAAUUUCAGUGGAAGCUCGUUGAUGGCGAGGAAGAGAACGUCGACACAUUUGGCUUGACCUCUCAGAAGCUUUUUCCUCUCAAGGCCAUUCUCCAUCCAAGGUUUCCUUAACGAAUGGAUCUUCUUCUUUUUUGCUCUGCAAUAAGACAAUGUAAGUUCCUUUGGUCAUGUAUGUAAUUUAAAGACGUUUAAUUUUUAAAAAAUCAAUUCAGUAUGUUUUUUUUUAUACAAA